AUGCCGAAAGGAGGAAUAGAUGUCGAACAUCAAACAACUAAUCAAGGUACUUUAGAUGGUGGACAUAGUACAUUUAAUAACUAUGCAACUAAAAAAACUUUGGCAAAUAGUAGCUUUGAAUUAGCAUUACUCGUAACGAAUGCUGUCCAAUUAAAAACUCUUCUUGGUAAUAAAUCAAAUCAUGAUACACUUUGGUACGUGGGUCUUGCAUUGGUUUGUGCAUCAUUAUUAAUUCAAGUUGUAAAUGCAUGUAUUUUGGUUUUAAUGGGCGCAGACGAUAUAUCAAAAGAACGACGACAACGUCGUUUAAUAUCCUUAAAUAAUUUUUCACUUAUUCUAUCUGUUCUUUUAGCUAUUGUAAAUGUUGUUCUGAAUGUAAUUGUUGCUGUUGAUCCGCAAAUUCUAGCAGGAGCAAUAAAUGGAACUAAAUCAGCUUAA